AAAAACAAAACCUUUUAAACCUAUUGCCCUCCUCCCAGAGUCCAAACCGGCGGCCAGUAUUAUCAGCGGAUUGUUGCGGAAUCGUGCGUUUGUCUUGCCGUUUUUUUGGAGGGCACGCAUCGUUCGUCUGGCAGGAUAUAGGGAAGAAAAAAAAACCGAAUGCAUAUCAGAGAGUCCCUUAGUAGCGUGUAGGUUCGUGCAAAACAAACGCAAACACAACAACAGCACACACAACAACAACAAAAAAACAUACAAAAAAAGGCACACAAAAAAGAAAGUCCUUUCGCCGGAUCGUUGAAUCGCCAGCGCGUCGCGGCGUCGUGUGUUUAUCAACAAGUGGAGCAGUGUGCUCGGUGGCGUCCUCGUGGUUUUACGACCGCGUGGGGAGGUUUGUGGGAGCAACAGCAAAGCGAUUGAAUUGCGGUUAAGGACCCUUUCGAGUGGUGGAAUAGCGCCAGUAGUGUGGGAAAGUUCGGUGCGGGAAAAAAGGAAAACAGUAAGCCAUGAAACGCAGGAACGACUAUAAGGUGGCGAUGGCCGAAAGCGUCGAGCUGGAACCGUUAGGUGGAAUGGAUAAGCUCUCGGAGACGGACAGCAAGAAGCGCAACGGCAUAAACAAAUUCGGAGGCGACAGCUCGUCACGCCCGGUCCGCGAUGGGGUGGCCGUUUGUUCACAAAAGCGGGCCCUUUUUGUGACGGCAAUUGUCCUCGGGACAUUACUGGCGACGGCCCUAGUGAUAGCUUACGCGGGUCCUCAAACAGUUUGUCCAUGUGCUGGAAAAAUACCGCCCGGGUACGUGCCCGAUGGGUACAACAGCUCGGAACCAUUUCAACCGAUCGCGACCAACGGGCAGCCGUUUCCGUGGCUGUUACCAACGUUACCGAACAACGUGAAACCGAAUCGGUACAUUCUAACGAUACACCCCAAUCUAACGACGCUGGAUGUUAAAGGUCAGGUAUCGAUAGAGCUGUUCGUGGAAAAGGAAACCAACUUCGUGGUUCUGCACGCACAGGAUCUAAACAUCACCGAGAAGGCGCUGGUGGGCCCGAAAGGAUUUGCGCUGAAAAUUCUCCGCAUGCUUGAGUACACACCGCGCCAGCAGCUGUACAUCGAGACGCGUGAAAAGCUGCGGAAAAAGGCCAAUUACACGCUCAGCAUACGGUGGCACUCGAAAAUGAUACUGGACCAGUUUGAGGGAGAUUUCGACAUGAAGAAGACUCUGGCGGCUACGGUGUUGAAGCCUGGUAGUACAAGGAAGGCGUUUCCGUGCUUUGACGAGCCGCAUUUGAGGGCUGCAUUCAAAAUAUCGCUCUUUCGCGAUCGGUUCCAUAUAGGGUUGUCGAAUUCCAUCGUGCAGGACACUGACGACGUUGGCUUUUACAUGGGCACUGGAUUGCUGAGAGAUGAUUUCGCUGAAACUCCACCAUUGCCACCGGAUUCUGUGUCCUGGGUGAUCAGUGAUUUUAAGCGAGAAUUGCUUAAACCAUCCGCUAAAUAUCUGCGCGUGAACGCGAGCAACACCGAUGCUGAGAGCGUGGCCGCAGGAAAAUCGGCACCCGACACAGCUACCCAGGCUGGACCGAGCAAUGGAAAACCACCUGCUGGCAAGGUCGGAAAAACGGAGAAGAAACCAUUCCGUAACCUAACCACGGUGUUGCUGUCGAAGAACCUGUUCAAGCUCACUAGCAACCUGCCGACGAAGGAACCUGCCGUGAGUGAACCCGUCACUGCGAGUCCUGUUGAUGUAGGGAUGGCAGUCAAGUCGACACCUGAGCAGGACGCACUGUGGAAUGGUGAUACUUCCAUGAUCCGAACGGCGCCGGCUUACUCAUUCUACGCCCCAGAAACGCACAUCGCUAAGGGUACCUUUAUAUUGCACACAUCACGGGACAUCCUGGAGUACCUGCAGCAGUGGCUUUCGGUGGCAUAUCCACUCUCGAAGCUCGACUUUGUGGCUCUGCCCUCGCUGCUUGAUGAUCUUUCCAGCUCACUCGGACUCAUCGUGUGCCGGACGUCAUUUCUGAACGAACCGACAGCCAUCUCCUCCAAGGAGUACCACAUGUCGGUAGUGAAGAUAUCCGAGGGCAUCGUGAAGCAAUACUUUGGGGGAUUGAUAUCACCGAAAGCCUGGAAGCACAAGUGGCUCUGGGAAGGACUGAUACGCUACCUGAGCAGGUUCUUGCUCGCCACCAUCCAACCACUGUGGCCGAUGAAGGAGCUGUUCCUGAUAGACACCCUCACGAAGGCGCUCGAUAUUGACGCCUUGCAGGGUUGGGACAGCAUAAGUGCCGGAGCGAGUGACACCGGCGACAAUGAUCCGUUUUAUGUGGACAAAUCGGCGGCCCUGCUGUCGAUGUUGCAGUCCGCGAUCGGUGAGCGCAACUUCCGCCAGUGUUUGGGGAAGUUCCUGAAGACGUACCAGUUCCAGACGGCGGAACCGAGCGACCUGUGGGCGAUCUGCUCGAAGCAGGUGAACAACAGCCGAUACGUGCGGGAGAUGAUGAACCAGUGGACCAACACGGCCGCCUUUCCGCUGCUGAACGUAACGAUGAACGGGACCAGUCUCAUUGUGAGGCAGACCGGAUUCCGGCCCGCCGAGUACCUGGCAAUCUACGACGAACCGAUGGAGGAAAUCGAACGAGACGGAGACACGACGAUGAAACCCACAACGACUGCGACUUCGCCGACGGAUGCCACGGGCAGGGAUCCUGCCGGAUCUCGGUGGAUCUUUCCCAUCCACUACAUUACGGAUGUGCUGAACACCAACGAUACGGCUGAGGAGGAUAAAGAGCAACCGAGCCUGAUCACCUGGCUAAACUCGAGCGAAGUGAUCAUUACACUGAAUCAUACAGCACAAUGGAUCAAGCUUAAUCACGGCCAAACGGGAUACUAUCGUGUUCUAUACGAUGAAGCCAACUGGGCGAAGCUGGUCGAACAGAUGCACAUCAACAAUGCCGUUUUCAGUACACAGGACCGCGUUGGGUUAGUUUCGGACAUCUUCACCCUGUGCCACGCCAACCUGAUACCCUGUCACGCUGCCAUGGAGCUAAUAUCGUACUUCCCGAAGGAAAAGGAAUGGGGUCCGAUCGUGUUAGGCACAAGCCAUCUGGAGAAGUGGCGCAAGAUCCUGAAGUACUCCGAAUGCUACCUAGUGUUGGCUGAGUACGUCCGUCAGAAUCUCGCGAAAUCGAUCCAAGAGCUCGGCUGGGAGGAUAAGGGCGAGGACGAAGCCAAACUACUGCGUCCGGUGCUGAUGCUUAGUGCGGCGCUCUGGGAAGAAGCGGACACGAUCAAAUUUGCCAAGGGACUGGUGACCAACUUUACCACGAACUCCGUACCGAUACCUCCAAAUUUGCGGGCCGUGGCCUACAUCGGAUCGGUUCUGUCCGGAGAGUUCCAGUACUGGCAGUUUUGCUGGGAUCGCUACAUCGCCGUGCGGCGUGAGAAAAGCUCGGUGUUGGAGGAACGCAUGGAACUGCUGCGAUCGCUAGGAGUCACCAAGGACGCUUGGCUACAGAAUCGACUACUGUCGCACGUUAUCACGCUGCCGGUGUUUGAGAUCGUGCAGGUGUUGGAGGCGAUUGCCGGUACGCCGACGGGCGGUGCGAUGGCUUGCCGGUUUUUGCAGGCAAAGUGGUACGAUUUCCAGUCAAAGCUUGGUCGAGGUACGGUGCAAUUUGCGCGCGUCAUUUCCGCCAUUACGCAGUACGGCUCAACGAAGUUUGACUACGAUGAGCUAAAAUCCCUGGUGGAGCGUUUCGGAGACGGACCAGGUCUGAAGCUUCUCAACAUGACGCUCAGUACGGUGGCAGCCAACGUGGAAUGGGUGAGCCGAUCGCAGGCUUCCAUAUACAGCUGGAUCGAGAGCAAAUAUCACUUUUGAUUGAAGAGGCGAACGACGGGCGGCAAGGAGUAGAUUUCUUUUAUAUGAUAGUCCAAGGGUUUUCCAUCUAUUCGCAAACUAUGUUUCGUUUUUCCUUCUUCAUUACUGACAUACUUUGGGAGACCUAGUUUCGCGAUACGAAUUUUGAGGACAGACAACACACACCCACAUACACUCACACCAAAGCGAGCGAACAGGAAGAUGAAAGAGUGAAAGUGGGUCUAAGGAGCAGGUAGCAAAAGACAAGACAAAGAGAUAGUGAAACCGAAGGACAAUUUCGAGGACAAGCAAAAAAGCGGCAAGAAUGCAUUUAUCGUAGUACAAUCUCAAGACUCCUUUUAUAGAUACCAAGAGGACGACGCGUGCAGGAGGCGAAGUGUUCUUCAAUCUUCCACUGUCUACGUUUAGGUAUAUAGGUGUAAAUAUAUAUAUUCGAUAACAUAUAAGUUACCAAAGAAUGCAAAGAAUAGUUUGUGUGAUCGACAAUUUAUAUCGUAUAUCUCGCCAGUAAAAGUAAGAAACAUAGCGAAAACCAGGAAACGAAAAUCAUAACAACCGAAACCGCAGUACCGAUAGUGAUUGGAUGGGGGGUGGGCACAUCGUCGGCAGCAAACCCUUUGGUGUGUUGUUCUUUCAUGUGCGUUUAGCUAUUUAGGCUGUUUUGUGCUGAAUAUGCCCGCUCGGUGUAUGCAACGCACCUCUUCGACUGGGUGGACUUCUCCUUAAUGUGCUUGUUUGAGCUAUGUACAAAAAUUAAGGGGAGGAACGGCGAAUCGAAAAUCAGAGCAGGGGCUGCUAGUAAUGAGUAUUUAACAACAAUCCUAGGUUCGGUGUUCAGUGUGUGCAAAUCCGCCUGAAUGUCGCAAUUAUGCAGCAGCGUCAGCGAUUUAUGUUGAAUAUAUGAAUAAUCAGUGUUCAGUAUUGAUUUAGUGCAUAUAUCAUCUCUCAAACUCGUGUACUUUCCUUUGCAGGUUAAACAAAAAAAAUGGAACAAGCAAUCUUAAAGCCGCAUACCAUUGAGAACAAAGAAAUAAAAAUG